AUGACGGACAAACUAAAUGAUGUCGACUACUAUUCUGUUCUUAACUGCGACAAAUCUGCUUCGUACAAGGAACUGAAACAAAAUUAUCAAGUACUGAUAAGAAAAUAUCACCCUGAUAAAUGUGCUGGAUCUCCCAACCAUUUUAUAACUAUCGAUAAAGCAUGGAAAACAUUGAGAGAUGAAAAGUUACGAACGCAGUAUGAUACUUAUUUACAAACACAAGCAGAAUUUGAUAGUGCAGUGGUGUUUGCACAACUAGCUAAGAGUGAUUUGAUUUUCAACAAAGAAAAUCUGAUGAAUUAUCCAUGUAGAUGUGGAAGCAGUUUUGUGAUAUACCAGGAGUACAUAGAAGAGGAGGAGUGUCUUGUAGAAUGUAAUGAAUGUUCCAACUGUUUGUUGAUUAAAUAA